AUGGCCAACGAGAAUGCUAGCUCUUCCCAGCAGGAUGCUAGUCAAGGACCGGGAACCCGUCCAGAUCCUCAGCUUGUCCAUCCAACUCCGGCUCGAUAUGCCUCUACGCCUUCUUUUGAAAGCCCGCAAAGACACCACCGUCGAAACCCUAUAUUCAGACGUCCAGUAAAGGAAACGCUUAAUGCUCGAUCUGAGUAUACGACCAGCCAGGAUGAUGGCACCGCUGAACACAGAAUUAACCAGUACAUAAUCAAGCAAGAGAUUGGCAGAGGAUCUUUUGGGGCUGUGCAUAUUGCAGUUGAUCAAUUUGGAAACGAAUAUGCUGUUAAGGAAUUCUCCAAGUCACGUCUAAGAAAACGUGCCCAGUCACACCUUCUCAGGCGACCGAGGGGCCCCAAACGUCCCUUAGAUGGCUUCAACUCCCCCCUCCAUCGGCGUGGAAUAGGAAUCCCCGAGGAUCACAAGGAGAAUGCGCUCUACCUGAUCAAAGAGGAGAUCGCUAUCAUGAAGAAGCUUCACCAUAACAACCUCGUGUCGCUAAUAGAGGUGCUAGACGACCCCUCUGAAGAUUCUUUGUAUAUGGUAAUGGAAAUGUGCAAAAAGGGCGUGAUUAUGAAGGUCGGACUAGAGGAAACCGCCGAUCCUUACGAUGACGAGCUUUGUCGUUGUUGGUUCCGCGACCUCAUUCUAGGCAUUGAGUAUCUACAUGCUCAGGGAAUCGUCCAUCGAGAUAUAAAGCCGGAUAACUGCCUGCUAACAAGUGACGAUGUCCUCAAAGUUGUCGACUUCGGAGUAUCAGAGAUGUUCGAAAAAGAUUCAGAUAUGUUCACGGCAAAAUCUGCUGGUUCACCAGCCUUCCUACCACCAGAACUAUGUGUCGUCAAGCACGGCGAUGUCUCAGGAAAGGCAGCAGAUAUAUGGUCCAUGGGCGUGACACUGUACUGUCUUCGAUAUGGCAAGCUUCCGUUCGAAAAGCAAAGUAUAUUCGAACUAUAUGAAGCCAUUAAGAAUGAUCCGGUUGUGUGCACAGGAGAAAUAGACGAAAGCUUUAAGGAUUUGAUUUUCCGGAUCCUAGAAAAGGACCCAACACAAAGGAUACAAAUGGACGAGCUGCGUGAGCAUCCUUGGGUAACAAAGAAUGGUAUGGACCCUCUCUUAUCGAAGGAUGAAAAUACCGCCGAGAUAGUCGGGUUGCCCACCGAAGAAGAAAUGAAUUCUGCCAUUACAAAGAAUCUUGGACAUGUCUUAGCCGUGAUGAAAGCCGUUAAGAACUUCAAAAGGCUUAUUGAUCCAUCAAGAGCAGACCCCCGCAUGCAAAGUAUCCUUGGUCAAGAAUAUGAAAGUCAUUUUGUUGAGCCCCCUAUGGAGAUGGAUCCUGAGGAAAGCGUUUCCACUGGCUUGCUAAAUUCCGCCAAAAGCCAAAGCCUGAAUACGUAUAAUCGAAUGGCAUGGGAGCGGGACAGGGUUAUUAAAGGAUAUCACCAGCAACGGCACGACUUUAGCCCUAGCGCGCUGCCAGAGAAUGACGAAGUGAGGGCACAUAUCAGGCCAGAUUCUGUCCCGAUAGGUAGCAGGAAUCCACAGAGAAAAGACUCGGGCUCCAUCCAGAGCGUCAAAAUUGGAGGCGGGUCUUUUGAUGAGCUACCGCAGAUGACUGUGACUCCCCAGUCACAAUCCCCUCAAAUCCCACUCUCAAGAGCUAGCUCAGCUACUACUAAGCGCAGUAUGGAGGGGACUCGAGGGCAUGCGCGAGAUCCCCUGGAAGACGAAUUCCCCUUUCUAUUCAUCGGGCCUUCGACAUUUACCGGCUCAACGCCUCCCGAUGGCAGCAGCGCUGCAGGAGAAUCUACUCUCGCCGAGUUAAACAACCCAAUAUCCGCUGAGCCAUUAGGGAUGGAUUCAACAGACGACCCCGGAUAUCCCAUUGUAAGCGAAUCACCAGGUGCCGCAGAAUUCGACAUAUAUGAGACAGCAUACCGAAAGGAAAUUGAACGGAUUCGAGCUCGAACCCUUCCCCAACCAGGUGACCAACCUAAAGUAUACCUUACCCGUCGUGUUGAGGAUAAGAACGACGUAUUGAAACUGGUUGGAGAGACCACAGGCGUGGCGGUCACAGGACUUGGCAGAAGAGUCCCAGUGUCCUCCAGCUUCAGUUUUGGCUCUGCACUCAGCAGAAUCCGUGCCCAGAUAGAGCAAGAGAAGCAGAGACAGGCCCAAUCAUAA